GCCAACCACAAGCAGCAUGUAAGCAGGUUCACAGAUGUAGGACAGCGGGACAGUAUCGAGUGUUCCAAAACAUAACACUGGGACUACGCAUUUCGUGCCUCACCUUUAUGCCACUUGCAGUGCAGAGAUUUUGACCAUAUUGUAGAGAUGCGGUAUUUGGUUGACGGACAAGUAUAGGUAUGCAAUUUCGUAUUUUUAAGCCGCACUUGGUAAUUGACUGAGACUCAAUGUAGCCACAAUUGGGCAUAUAUAUCGUCUUCUCUCGACAAGGACGGUGGCGUUUCCGCAUUCCCAUGGCCAGCUAUAUUGUGCCCCGAUCCAUCUUAACACAAAACCGGUUUCUCUUGAUCAUCAUCAGCCCAUAUUACUAGUUAUGUUUGCUUUAAAAGAAAGUGGAGCUCGAAGUCGUCUCGAAACUAGGCCUCUGGCUUUCCUAUGUAGGAUGAUUAAUUUUCGCGUCAUAUUUGUCGCGAUUUCGUAAAGAAAACCUGGAUACCUCGGCGUUGCUGACUGGCUUGGGAUGGAGGGUUGUUGUCGUAGCUGCAUGCCAUGUUGUAGUGGAUUGUGGAACUGGAUAUGGCCCGAAUUUCGUUACCCAAAUGUCACCCGACCUGCCGAAAUCCCCACUAUUUCUGGGGAUAUCCGUGCCCCGUCCCCCAAGAAGAAACAGACGCAGCUCUAUGCGGCUCUGUUCGAUUUCGAAGCCAGGAGCGAAGACGAGCUAACAAUCAAGGAAGGUGACAAACUGUCGGUCAUAGAAAAAAGGGGGAAUUAUGUGCUUGCCAAGAAACUUACCGGUUCGAUGGAGUCCGGACUUGUCCCUGCUACUUACGUGGCCAUUCUACAGGACGAGUUUGCUAAUCACAAGUGGUACUAUGGGAACAUUAACCGGGUGAAGGCUGAGAAACUGCUUCUAGCCCAUCAGAAUAAGGAUGGAUCAUUCCUGGUGCGCAUCAGUGAGAGCCACAGCGAUGAAUACACUGUCUCUGCCAGAGACGAUGGGAAAAUCUUCCAUUUCCGAAUCCAGCGUUCAUUGAUAGGAGCCUACUUUGUGUCGGACAAGAUUUCUUUUGGCACUCUGGGGGAGCUGAUCCAAUACUACCAGAAAAACCCCAGGACUCUAGGAGUGACUCUGGAUGAGCCAUGUGCACAGCCAAGGGAGCUGUUUGACAUGGAGCCCUGGGAGCGUCCUCGGGAGGAGUUCAAACUUCAAAGGAAGCUGGGGGAGGGUCACUUUGGAGAGGUGUGGGAGGCCAUAUGGAUCAAAGAGAACAAAAGAGUGGCCAUCAAGACGCUCAAACAAGAGGACACUAAGCAGGAUGAGUUUGUGAAAGAGGUCCAGGCCCUGAAGAAUCUCCACCACCCCAAGCUGAUCCAGCUGUUGGCCCUGUGUUCCAGAGGUGAACCAGUCUACAUCGUUACUGAACUCAUGACCAAGGGCAGCCUCAAGUCCUACCUGAGCACGCCAGAAGGUCAGGUGCUGACCUCUGCCCAUCUCAUCUACAUGGGGAGCCAAGUGGCCGAGGGCAUGGCCUACCUGGAGGACAGACAAAUUGUGCACAGAGAUCUGGCGGCCAGAAACAUCUUGGUGGGAGACGACCUGGUCUGUAAAGUGGCUGACUUUGGCCUGGCACGAAUCAUAAGGGACAGUGUGUACACAGCCAGCAGAACCACUAAGAUCCCAGUGAGAUGGACGGCCCCUGAGGCUGCCCUCUACCAACGCUUCUCUGUCAAAUCAGACGUCUGGUCCUUUGGUGUGCUGCUCUAUGAGAUGAUGUCAAGAGGAAAGAUGCCAUAUGAUGGGAAGAGCAAUAAGGAGGUGCUGGAGCUCCUGUCAACGGGCUUCCGGUUGUCUUGUCCCAGUAGAUGUCCGCCCAACAUCCAUCACAUCAUGCUGGAGUGCUGGAACCACGAGGCCUCCCAGCGUCCCUCCUUCCACGCCUUGCACACCCAGCUGGAUGGCAUCUACGCCCGGAUCUACUUCAAAACUGUCGAGGUCUAGAUCUGAACGGAGAGAGGAGGAGGCGGGCUCACUGCACUGACGGGUGGACUGCAAGACCGUGUCUGACCUGCUUAUCUUUUCCAAACAUCCUUUACUCUAUUUUAUCAGUUGACAUUAUAGUCAAUUACCAGACCCAGUUGUAUACCAUGGCGAUUGACAGUUAGCGCAUUAGUUCUCUUGGUUGACAUUGCUGUUGCUUUUAAUGGAGGUUAAGUGCAAUAUAAAGGCCUUCCUGAGGGAAAGGGAGGGAGGGAGAGAAGGGCUAUAAAUAUGGGGCCAGUCAGUUUUGCAGCGCAGCCAGGCCUGCUGCGUCUGCUACAGUUUGCCCCCACAGCACACCGGCCACCAGCCAAACAGACAGUCACACAGAGAGUGCCUAUUUGUUUACACACUACAGAGACUUAGCUCACACAGUCCACAGUGAAGAAAGACAUUGGCCAUUGAGAGUGAAGAGUGAGCCAUGGACGACAGCUAUUGGAAUAUACUAUUCGAACAACGGAAUACAUUUUUAUUUAACUGAUGCCGUUUGGGAGAUGUCAACGCAUGAUACAUGUGAGAUGUACAAAAAACACAUCAGGAAAUAUGAGCUGUAUGACAGUGCUCUUUUAUCAUUUCUUGAUUGAGUUUCUCCCGUUUUUUGAGAAUAUGUGUCCUCUUACUAUGCCAUUGGGUAUUUAUCAGAAAUUAUGAAAAUAAAGUAUUUUUAGAUAACUUUCCUGUUGCAGUAUAAGCAUGCCAGUGUGUCUGUGGUCCUGGUUUUGUACAAUGGCAGUUUCAUAUAACUAGGCACUCCUAUCUGUUUGUUAGUGUGAAAUUGCUCAUGCUCAAAGAUAACAUGAUGCCUUGGGAUUCCACUUUGCCCGUGAAGACAGCACCAUUGACCAGGGUCACCAGACAGUCUAAUUUAGCCUUGCUCCUUGAUGCUGUUCAAUUCCUCACCUUUGGCCCUUGUGCAAAUAUCAGAAGGAUGCGUGAAGGUGCCAAUAGAGGGCAGAGGGUGGACUGGAGUGAGGAGGGCUCAAUUUGGGAUUUACCAGUCGUAAAAUUUGGCCUUUGUUAGCCAAUAAUAAAGUUGUGAAAAUCUCCUGA